AAAAAGAUUGACAUUAAUCAACAGUUGUAAUAUUUAAAAUAUUUUCUCAUUUACAUUUCAAACAGAAAACAUUGAUAUUUUACAUAUAUACAAAAACUUUACCUAACCUAUAAUUACACAAAAUUGUAAGAUUAAUAUCUUCAUUUAAAAUUUAUACAACAUAAUUUAUCAUAAUAUCAGAAAUUUCUCAAUUGUCCCGCAAAUUGAAUUUUGUAUUAGAAUUAAAUGAUAUUAAUAAGAAGUCCCUUAUCAUUGUCCUAAUAUUAUUUUAAUAUGAAGGUAUUUAUUGAAAUAAUACAAUAUAAUAAUAACAGUAUUAUUUACAAAUAGUUGUUGUGCAUUUAACUUUUGUUUAACAUAUCUCAAUUAUCAAUAGCAUAUUAUCUUAUAUUUAAUAAUUAUCUAUAGUAUUGUUUAAGGUAUGGUAACCAUGAUUAUACUCCGUGAUAUUCGUUAUAAAUAAUUAUCGACGAAUUAUUUCAUAAACAUAAUAAUUGACUUCGUAAAAUUCUUCUGAAUUAUAUUGCGAAUGAAUAUAUAAUAAUUAUUAACUCAUUAAUUUUACUUAAUUAAUUUAUUAAUUAAUUCGAUCAUAGAAAUUGACGUUUUACAUUUGAUACAACAAAAUUUACGUUAUUUUUUUUUAUUUUUUUUUUUUUUUAAAAGAUCAUAUUUCUUUCUUAUAAGAAUAUCCUUAUACUCAUGUAAAAAGCUAUAUUAUAAAUUUAUUAGUUGAAAUUUUUUUCUAAUCAUUACUUCUUGUUCUUCGAUUAUGCAUUUAGAGAGUUAAGGUUAUCCAUUACACUUUUCGUUCGAAGCGUGUGCGACUACAGCGACAGGCGUGGACAAAAUGCGAACUACAAGCGACAGGUGUGAACAAAAUGUCAACUAUAUAAGAUAUAGUUUUGGACAAAAUAAUAUUAUUGCGUUCUUUCUCGUAGUGAUCAUGGACAAAUGUAUUAGAAGAUAAUAUGUAAAAUUGACAGAUAUAAUAAUUAAUAUAUAAAUAGACGACAAAAAUGACAUAAUUACGUCGAAUGUUCUGUCAAAAACAAUCCUUAAAUAUUUUUCCAUGGCUGGAGAAUUGCAGAAACAUGGAGUUAUUCCCGAUGUUAUUGAUAAGGUACCAGCAGCCGUAUUGGAAGUGAUCUAUCCCAAUAAUGUCGUCGUUGAGAUUGGUGCAGUUUUAACACCCACACAAGUUAAGGAUCAACCUAUGGUCAAGUGGACUGGCGAUUCCAACACUUUUUAUACUCUUUGUAUGACAGAUCCCGAUGUACCAAGCAGAAAGGAUCCCAAAUUGCGAGAAUUGCAUCAUUGGUUAAUUGGUAAUAUACCUGGUAAUGACAUUAGCAAAGGUGAAAUUCUCUCCGAGUAUAUUGGCUCUGGUCCACCAAAAGGAACUGGUCUUCAUCGUUUUGUUUUCCUUUUAUAUAAACAACCCAAGAAAUUAACUUUCGAUGAGAAACGUUUAACAAACAAAAGCAACGAACACCGUGGACAAUUUUCUAUUAAGAAAUUCGCAAAAAAAUACAACCUUGGCGAUCCUAUUGCUGGGAACAUGUAUCAAGCUGAAUUCGACGAUUAUGUGCCAAUUUUGCAUAAGCAACUUGGUGGUUCUAUCUUCUGA